UAAUUACAGCCAAUUGCAAUAUGGCUACAAAUCUUGAUCCACACACCAAUUUUUCCCGAGCUUGUCGGGCCAUUGUUGACCUCAAUACUGACAUAUUAAGGGAUGAGCUGGAUUCUCACGUCACACCAUCAGACAUAGCCAACAGAGCUACUGCCUGUACCAAACUACCAAGCCUCCGACCAGAACAAUUAAUGGACAGCAAUCAACAACGCCGCCACUAAAGGUUCCUACGAAGAUUUCGACAGCUCUCUGUUGUACAUCAUGAUAAGAAAUUUAUGCUCACUUCCGCCACCUAAACUUGGAUGGAACAAAAAGCCUCUUGCGACAGAUGUCUCAGUGGCAGCAGAUGUAGAAAGGAUCCGCUUCUACAGAAAUGAAGUUUAUGGACAUACCACUCGUGCGGAAAUAUCAAAUGCUGAUUUUCGAGUAAUAUGGUUGGAUCUCGAAAAGAUAUCUGACAGAUUUGACAUAAACAGACCCGGAAAAAACUAUAAAAAGAAACUGGUCGACUUGAGCCAAUGCUGCAUGGAUGAAGAGAUGAGGAAAGUCAUGGAGGAGAAAUUGAAGUCAAGUACAUUGUUAGAGGAAGAAAAGAAGCAACGGCAUUUGGUUGAUGAUUGGAAAAUCCACGACAAAAGAUUCGCCGAGACGAGGGCUUGCAGAGCUGUCAGAGAAGAACUGAAGACAAAUCAAAGUACUGAGAGUACUGAUAGGCGGAAGCAUGUUUGCAAGUUCUCAUGUGCAAAACUUUAA